CCGACGACGCGGCCUGUGGUUGGGAGUUGCUGGAGUUGGUACCCGGCUCUCAAGGUUCCCUGGAGCGCGGGCGGCAGCGGAGCAGGCCGGGGACGUCUGGAUUUGCUUCAGAACGGGCGGCUUUGAACCUGCACGCCCGGCUCCGUGGGCAGGUACCAUCGUGUGGUUUGAAUCAGAAAUGAAAUCUUCUGAAAGCUAAAAGCAGAAGCCUUUUUGGUCAACAUGGAGGACAAAAGACAGCGAGCCCGAGUGCAGGGAGCCUGGGCUGGCCGUGCUAAGAGCCAGGCCAUUGCUCAGCCAGCUACCACUGCUGAGAACCAUCUCCAACAGAGACCUGGUCAGACCUGGACGAACAAGGAGCAUCAUCUGCCUGGAAGACACUUUGUGUUCAAAGAACCCCAGGAGGUGGUACGCAGAGCCCCAGAGCCACGAGUGAUCGAUAAAGAGGGUGUGUAUGAAAUCAGCCUGUCACCCACAGGCAUGUCUAGGGUGUGUUUGUAUCCUGGCUUUGUUGACUUAAAAGAAGCCAACUGGGUAUUGGAACAGCUUUGUCGGGAUGUUCCCUGGAAACAGAGGACCGGCAUCAGAGAGGAUGUAACUUACCAGCAACCAAGACUUACAGCAUGGUAUGGAGAACUUCCUUACACUUAUUCAAGAAUCACUAUGGAACCAAAUCCUCACUGGCAUCCGGUGCUGCUCACACUAAAGAACCAAAUUGAAGCGAACACGGGCCACACCUUCAACUCCCUGCUUUGCAAUCUGUACCGGAAUGAGAAGGACAGCGUGGACUGGCAUAGCGAUGACGAGCCCUCGCUGGGAAGGUGCCCCAUCAUCGCUUCACUCAGUUUUGGUGCCACACGCAUCUUUGAGAUGAGGAAGAAGCCCCCACCAGAGGAGAAUGGAGACUACACGUAUGUGGACAGAGUAAAGAUCCCCUUGGAUCACGGGACCUUGUUAAUCAUGGAAGGAGCCACACAAGCUGACUGGCAGCAUCGAGUGCCCAAAGAGUACCACUCUAGAGAACCACGAAUAAACCUGACCUUUCGGACAGUUUAUCCAGACCCUCGAGGGGCGGGGCGCACUGCUGAUGUGAGAUCUUUGAGACAGAAGCCAUGCUGAGACUGAGCAGACCUUCCACCAUGAAGAAACUUCCAGAAGCUGCCCAGCUACUCUUGUGGUGUGGCUGUUCGGAAGAUGAAGAUGGUGUUUACUUCCCAGCUUGAAGUCCUGUUAAAUGGCAGCCAGCAGUUCAUGUUUAUAAUAUGGUGACUGAGGGAGCAGUAAUCCCUAACCACACUUCGGAAUCACAUAUUUUCUUUAGGCAAAUUAAAAACUGCUGUGGCUGUGCUCACAGAUGGUUUUGUCCAUAAGCAGUUUUUUCCUGCCCUCUUCCGCUUCAUUUGAAGAAAUAUGAAUGGACUUUGCCUUCAGGGUAAAUCUGCACAUGUUUGUUCCCUGUGACUUUAGCAAAGUGGAGAUACAAAUAUGCGUCAGUGACU